CGUAAACAUAACGCAGAAUCUCGUAACAGAAAACAUUUCAGUUUAGUUAUUUUCCAUUUUGUGUUCUAGUUCAAGUUAUUUGUAACGUUAAUAAUAACGUAAUAAUCGAAGAAAACUUCGUUGAAGGGAAAAUAAUUCUGCAGAAGUAGCAAAGGUAUUUCACAAUGCCACGCAGAGUUACAUCCAGAAUCCACGACUACUUCAUUUAUGAAGUGAACAAGUCCAUUUGUCAACUACUCAACAAGGAAGGAGCACUUUGCAACGCUGCAAUAAAAGGCAGACACGCGGGUAAUCUUGAAAAACACGUAAAAACAUGGCACGAAGACGACUGGAGUCUGUACUGGACUGAAAAAACCCAAUUGCUCGUUCCUUCAGAUGACCUCAAAGCAUCUAUGGGUAUCCCCAAUACAACGCCACAUUUCGUCAAUGUUGACUUAUCCAUGAUACACUCUCAAGUCAUCGAAUACGAUCCUGAACCACCUCAGCAGCAGCCCGAAGUGAAAAAACGUAAAAUAUCGCCUCAAGUAGUAGAAAAAGACAUCUCAAUAAGGGAACCCAUAUCGCCUAAACUGAGUAAACCGAGCGAAAUAGAAGACGCCAUUAUCGAAUUGGUCACCGUUAAUGGGCUCCCUUUCAGUAUCGUCGAAGAAAGCGGGUUCAAAAAACUCGCUGCUCUGGCAUACAAAGGAUCUGAACAAGGUGCCGGCCCUAGACAGAUAAUGAAUCGAAGCAAAAUCAUAAAAAUGGUUAAAUCAAAAGCCGAAUCUAUUCGAAGGAAUAUCACCGAGUUGCUGAAGAAUAAAUUGAUUUGUUUAAGAAUCGAUUGCGCUGUCGUCGACAAAAAACACGUGUACGGAAUAGGCGUGCAUAUUCGAAAAUCUUCCCAGCACUUGGUUUUCAGCUUGGCUGUGAUAAGUUUACCCAAUGAUCAUACGCAAGAUAUUUUAAAAGAAGAAAUUUUCAACGUGCUGCUCGAGGUGGGAGUCCAAACGCAUCAAAUUUAUCAUAUCGUUGUAACCAAUUGUUCUCAAGCUCUGAAAGUGACCAAUAAAACGGAGGAUGCUGAUGAAUCUAAAACACAGUCUGCGGUUGCGACUAGUACACCUUCUGUCUCUAAAGUGUAUACAGACUAUACUAAUUAUGAUUCAGAUUUCGAUAUAUUCGAAGUUGAAGAAACCGAGUAUGAUCCCGAAGAAGAUCGUAAUGAAAUGGAAUGUGACGAUGCAGUCUCAAAUGACGAAGCUACCGAGAGAAUUGUCGAAGAAGUGAUCGAGUGUUGGUCCGUCGAAGAACAUAUUAUUACUGCCAGAAGUUUGGUUCAUGUUUUCCAAUUAUCCAUGUUGGAUACAUUCGCUGAAACAGCCGAAAUCACCGCUUUAUUGAAAAAAAUCCGAACUAUUGUGAAGAAAUUGACUACACCGGCGUAUGCGCAUCAAUUGAAAUCUUUUCGGUGUAAGAAAAAACCCAUUCUCGAUAGUAAUUACAGACUACUCUCAACGUACGAUAUGCUUCAAAGACUAGUCGAAUUAAAACCCUACCUGGACCAGUUAUCGGCAACAAUCCCCGAAAUUGUUGUUCCAUUAAAUGAGUGGAAUCUUGUGAUGGAUAUCGUAGAUUCGUUGAAACCUCUCAAGGUGGCCAUUAUUCGUCUUACCCCCAAAUACGUUCCGUUAAGCGAAUUUUACAAAAUAUGGAUCACUUCUUUUUUGAAAACAAAAAAAAUUGGCACUGAAUUUUCACUCCGUUUAUGUAAAAAUAUGGAUAAACGUAAAAGCUGGUUAUUCAACAACGUCACGUUCAAGUCGUGUCUCUUCUUAGAUCCUCGUUUCAAAAAUACUCUCAACCGUAACGAUCACGAUGAAGUAUUCGCUCACUUAGUCGAUAUCUACGACCGUAUGACAGCCUUACAACCUACCGUUUCGUUUACCGAUGAAACAGAAGAACCCAUCACGCCGUCUAUAAAAUUAGAGAAUCCUGCCGACGACGAAGAAGAUGAACUUUACCAGUACGUCAGAUCGAUGGUCAAAACGCCUCUGAAGCAACAAGACAAACAAAUCAAUGUUCAGACUGCUUUGAAAAAAUUCAAAGAUUCCGAACCUCUGCUCGAAAUCGAAGACGUUCCCGCAUUUUGGCAAGAAAAGAAAUACCUUUAUAAAGAAGUUUACAAAUUAUCGCAAGUUAUCCUUUCUGUACCGCCGAGUAAUGUUUUCCUGGAAAUGUUUACUUCUCAAUUGAAAUUUAUUUCGGAUACGAGUAGGAACAGCGCAGAAAAUCGACUUCUUAAGGAUAUUAUAUUGAUACGAUCCAAUUUCGAUUUAUUGAAUCAAGCUCCUCGAGAAUGAUUUUAUCGUUUUAUAAAAUACUUUUCGUGUUGUAAUAUUGUACAUUUUUUAAAGUACCUAUGUGUUGUUUUGUUGUAGAUGUACCUAAACAUUUUAUUUUUUAAUCGUUUAAAUUAUUUUUAUGUUUGAUGAUUUUCAUCAAGCUUCUUUUAUCAUGUGACUAAUGAUUAUACUCGUGUUUUUUUCACUCAGGAGGAAACUUUUGUUUUGUAUUGUAGUUGAAUAGAUUUUUUAAAAAAAAGAUAUACCUACCUUA